AUGGAGCUUGACAGAAAGUUGAGAGAAGAAUUCCCUUACCUUUCAAGCCUUCUCUCUGAUUUUCCCUUGAAACAUGAGAUAGAAAGUGGAUUUUCCUCCCAUGAAGCUCCCUUCUCUUCUAAUAAGGGAUUAUUUCAGAGCAUUCACCAUCUUGAUCAUCAUAAUCUCCACCUACCAUCACCUUUCAAUUCUCAGUACCAUCUUGAUCAUUUUACCAUUGAAGGCUCCUCAAAGAAUCCCUUUCUGGGGGUUUCAGCGACAUGCAUCGAUCCUUUGGAGCCUCUUCCAAAUGGGUUCUCUAGUGAUCUAAAUGCUUUUGUUUCUGCAGCUUUGUUGCCAGCCAAUGGUGGAGAAUCUGGAUAUGAUCACAGGCCCUUGCAUGGAAGUUUGCAGAGAAGAUCUUUUGGGGAUUAUAAUCCUCAAAAAUUUGAUGAAGCUAAUGAUCCAUUGGGUCAAAAGCUCACUUAUCAUCAUCAGUCUCUGAAUAUGAGAUCGAUGAAUCUUGCUAAGUUACCAGAUGAGGUCUCAUGCAUAACUGGAGAUAAUGGGUAUGGCAAGGAAGCUGAUCACAGGAAAGACCAAAGGUUUCAGAUUAAAAAAGAUGGAAAAGUUCACAAGAAAGCGCAAAUAAUCAAAGGCCAAUGGACUCCUCAAGAAGACAGAAUGUUAGUGCACUUGGUGAAACAGAAUGGAGUAAAGAAAUGGUCUCAGAUUGCUAAGAUGAUGGAAGGAAGAGUAGGGAAACAGUGCAGAGAGAGAUGGCACAAUCAUUUGAGGCCAGACAUCAAGAAAGAUGCUUGGACUGAAGAAGAAGACGAAAUUCUAAUUGAAGCCCACAAAGAAAUAGGAAACAGAUGGGCUGAAAUAGCCAAAAAAUUACCUGGAAGAACAGAAAACACCAUCAAGAACCACUGGAAUGCAACCAAAAGAAGGCAAUUUACCAGGCGAAAAGGGAAGGAAGCAAACUCAAAACCCACCAUCUUGCAGUGCUACAUCAAGAAUCUAACUUCAUCUUCAGCUACUAAUCAUCAUCAAGAAAACAAUAAUCCACAGGAUUAUCUCCACAAGGAGACCUCUGUUUCCUCAGCUGAUCAUCAUCAUCACCUGCUGAAAUUCCCAUCAUCAUCACUAAUGCAUUGUGAUCACAACGAGGGACCCAACAAGUUUUGUGUGGACACAAACUUCUUGUUCAAUGAUAGUUAUGGGUUUGCGUCGUCGUCGCUUGAAGAGAUUCCCUGUACUUCUGUGGUUGACGAGAGCAAUUUGGAGUAUGAGAUAUCCUUGGAACUGUAUAGUCUGAUGAAGGGCGCUGCCGCACCGGCGAAAGAGGAGAUGGAUUUGCUGGAGAUGAUCACCCAGUGAAGCCAUUAAUCAGUUUAAGUUCUUGUCGUGCUUCCAUGCAUGCAGUCUAGAAUUGGCUUCAAGUAGUACUAAUGGUACAUUUGUUCGUCUGCUUUUUUUUUUUCCUUCUUUUUUAGUUGAUGCUUUUUUGU